GAAAAGCCACAUUUUUGGUUUGGGAAAGCAUGGUACUAAGUCAUGAAGGCAUAACAUGAUUGGCAGGAAGGGCUCGUGGCCUGGUGGGUCUUGGUUGUGUGUCGCGAACACAGCACGCAGCAUGCUUAGACACGAGCCCGUGUGCCAACUCUGAUCCAGCUUCCUGCAACACACGAGCGCUGCCUAGGCACAUCUUUAAGGAAACAUGCAUGGAACCUGGAUAACAAUAGAGUUGAAGUAAUCACAGAUUGCUCAGAGAGGCUACUUGACUAAUGAAGUGACUUGAUCACCUAAUCUCAUUUAAAAGAACAUUAGAAUAACAAUUAAUCAGAUACCAUGUUAUAUGGACCUCACGUCAACCACCACUAUUAUUGUUGAUCUUCUCCUCCUUCCUGCAGUCUUGCUCUUGCAGGCAGUAGUCGUGCACUGCAUGUCCAAACUCCAUUUUCUGAAUUAAAAACACAGUUGACCUUCAACUUAGUAGCACCCACGUAAAUUGGACAAGUUUUCAGAUCAUCAACAUAUACCAUUCUUAAAACCAUCAAAUAUAAAUACCCAUCAAUUAUUACUUAUUUUCUCCUAAAACAAAAUACAAACCAAUUUCCUAAUCCAGCCAAAAAAACACAAAAAAAAGAAAAAGAACAAAAAGAAAUGACAAGAACCCAGAAUUUGUUUCUACUGUCAGUUUUGGUCCUAGCUUUGGCCUUCUCUUACGCAAACGCGGAUGGAUAUGAAACAAAAACCAAGUCAUAUCCAAAACCAUAUGCACCAACUACAAAGGUAACAGAUGUGGUAGUGGAAGGGAUCGUCUACUGCCAGAGCUGCAAGUACGCAGGAGCAUGGUCUCUAGAUGAGGCUAAGCCCAUUGCUGGUGCUCAUAUCAGUGUUAUCUGCAGGAACCAGAAGGACAGAAUCAGCUACUACAAGGCCUACACUACAAAUGGUGAUGGUUACUUCUACGCGAAGCUUCAGGGCUUUUCAAUGAAGCAUCAGCUUCUGGAUCAUCCUCUUCAAGCUUGUGUUGUGAAGCUGGUUUCUUCCCCUAUUGACAGCUGUGAUGUCUUCACUAACAUCAACUAUGGUGUCAAUGGAGCCAAACUUCGGUAUGAGAACAAGAAGAUUAUGACUAAGAACUACGAGGCUGUGAUUUAUGCUGCCGGCCCCUUGGCUUUCCGCCCUGAUCACUGUAUUCCUAACCAAUACUGAUUUUUUAAAGUUGUUUGGCUGUAAUAUCUUCUCCCCGUUUAAAACCCUUUUUGUGUAUUUUGUGCCUUGUGGGUUCUUGUCUAAACAUGAGAGCUAUAUUCUUGUUCACGAAUAAUUUAACUAAGCAUUAACACUUCUCUUUGA